ACGAAGAACAAAAAACGCCCGGACAGUAUCAAAACAACGCACACUCCUCGUGUCCAGGGGGCGUGAGCUCUCGCGCGUGUUCCGCGCACUCUCGCGAGUUUUGUGGCAUUCGCUACUCGGACUCCAUGAUCUGAUCGCGAGCGUCGCGAUCCUCCCUGCGUGUCUCGCGCACGUUCAUGACGCCCGUGCGGCGUUUGUAUACCCGCUCUGAUGGACUGAGAGCGAUACCAAGAGCAUGGAGAGCGUGAAAGUGAAGAGUGUGGCCUCGAGAUCCACAGCAGACCACAACGACGAAGACGACGAUGAAGGCCAGAUGCGGAGCCGAACGCAGAGCCCCGCCGAGCUCAACAUACUCAACAAAGCCUGCAAGAGCAGCUCCAGCCUGCUGCUGAGGAAGAGGAGGGCGAAGAGGCACGUGUCCAGCAUCGGCCGCGGUCUGGACCGCCAGACGCUGCUCAGACAGCGCUCCAGUCCGCAGCUGCAGCUGUCAGACCGCCAGUGGGUCCGACAGGACCUGCGCAGGGGCUCUAUUCACGUCCACGACCGGCUCUUGGCGUGCUCCCACCCGCCCAGGCCGGUGCUGUGCACGGUGGAGAGCACCGCGGCGGAGAUCGCGCAGCGGCUGCAGCAGGCGAGCGGCAAGGCGGGCUCGGUCCUGCGGCUCAACGCUAAGACCUACCCGGAUGUCAACGGGAACUGCGAUGGCGAGUACCCGCUCAAACACCUCCACGCGGGGGGCGAGAACCUGCCCGACCAGCCCAACGACCGACUGCGACUCUUACUUCUGGAGUCGGAUCACCAGUACCACCAGGACUACGACAUCUAUACGCGUCCGGACGGCGACGUGGAGCGCGCGUCCCCGCAGGACGAAGAUUCGGUGAAGGGAUUCACCGGCUCGGACGUGGAAACCAGCAGCGCUUGCGAUGACCUGAGCACCGGGGCCCGGCUCAGCCAGCACCGGGACUCGCUCAGCGACGAUAUGAUCCUGGGCACGGACGCGUCGGCGUUGAGCCCGGCGUUUGACAGCAGCGCCACUGAGGGCCUGGACACGUACGGCAGCUCUUCGGACGAGCUGGAACUGGACUGUCCGUCCGAACCCAUCUUACAGGACGCAAACGAGGUGAACGCGAGACUGAAUGCGCCCGGCAUCAGCACCAGCCCGCCUGCCGAGUCCGAUGGACCCAGCGCGCCGUCCGAAUCGGACUCCAGCCCGGCGCUGUACGUGCAGAUGCACGGCGAGGCCGCCCGGCGCCUGGGGCCUGAUGAGAAGCCGCUGCAGAUCCAGAACGAUUUUCUCUUUAAACUGGGAUUUAAAGACCCGUGGCGGGUGCAGGAGGAGGGCAUGGACACUGAACUGGGAUCACUCCUGCGCUUCUACGCAGGUAAACCUCACAGCAUUGAGUCCUCUGAGUGCAUCCAGCUCUCUGGAACAUAUAACGUGCGUAAAGGAAAGCUGCAGCUGCCGGUGAACCGCUGGAGUCGACGGCAGGUCAUUUUGUGUGGCACUUGUCUCAUGGUGUCUUCAGUCAAAGCAAGCCAUACGGGCAAGAUGCACAUCCUCCCACUUAUCGGAGGAAAGGUUGAGGAGGUAAAGAAACACACUCACUGUUUGGCCUUCAGUUCAGCUGCUCCUCAGAGUCAAACCUACUACAUCAGCUUCAACAGCUUCACUGAACACCUGCGCUGGCAUCGGCAGGCUGCAAAGAUGGUGUCUCAGCGCAUCAGUUCGGUGGAUCUGUCAUGUUGUAGUCUAGAGAAAUUGCCGCCCAACCUGCUGUACAGUCACGAUCUGACACAUCUGAACCUCAAACACAACUUCCUGCCUGCUGACCAAACACUGCUGCAACUCCAGAAAUUUUCAUGCUUGCGAAGUCUGAAUCUAUCUAACAAUCAGUUGAGAAGUUUCCCGCUGCCCAUAUGCUCCAUCAGCACACUGACGGAGGUCAAUCUCAGCUGUAACCACCUGACCUCCAUCCAUCCUGACGUGGCCAACAUGACCAAUCUGCAGACGUUGGUGUUGGACGGUAAUCUUCUGUCAUGUCUUCCGGCCGAGCUCGGCUGUCUGCAGCGACUAGCGUAUCUAGGUCUGUCCUUCAACGAGUUCACUCAGGUGCCGGCGGUGCUGGAGUGUCUGCCUGCCGUCGAAAGACUCUGUAUGGCGGGAAAUAAACUGACGGUGCUGACGCUACAAACCUUACGCCUGCUGACGGUUAAACACGUCGACCUGCGUUUAAAUCAGAUCUCCAGCGUUGUUCCAGAUGAGCCGGAGUUUCUGCGUCAUGUGACACAGUUGGACGUGCGUGAUAAUCGACUGAGCGAGCUGGAUGCAUCUGUCUUCCCACGGCUGGAGGUUCUGCACUGUCAGAGGAACGCCAUCACACGACUGUGUCUGCGUGGCUGCAUGCUCAAAGCUCUCUACACCGCCAACAAUGAACUGCAAGAGUUGGAAGUGAAUCCUGUGGCCUCCAAUCUCACAUACAUGGACAUCUCAAGAAACUAUAUGAAGGCUCUUCCUGAUUGGUUAAGUGACAGCAGAAAGCUGGAAGUUUUAGAUGUCAGCCACAACCACAUCACCGAACUGCCGGCAUGGUUGUUGUGCAGUGUUAGUUUGAGGAAGGUCUUGGCUGGUCAUAAUCAGUUGAAGCGUUUGCCAGAGCGGGUGGAGCGUCCUCUAGUGGAGGUGUUGGAUGUUCAGCAUAAUCAACUCAUUGAGCUUCCCUGUAAUCUCUUUCUCAAAUCAGAAAGUUUAAGGUGCCUGAAUGCAUCUGCCAAUAAGCUGGAGAAUCUGCCCCCCUCCAGCCUAUCAGAGGAGAGUAACAGUAUUCUACAGGAGCUGUAUGUGACCAAUAACCACCUGACAGACAAGUGUGUGCCACAACUGACAGGACACACACACCUGAGGAUACUGCACAUGGCCUACAAUCACCUACAGACAUUCCCAGCCAGUAAAAUGGCCAAGCUGGAGGAGUUGGAGGAAGUGGACCUGAGUGGGAACAGGCUGAAGGCCGUACCCACCACCAUCCUGAACUGCAGACGCAUGCACACGCUGGUGGCACACUCCAACUGUAUUGAGGUGUUCCCUGAGGUCAUGCAGCUCAUGGAAAUGAAGUGUGUGGAUCUGAGCUGUAAUGAGUUGAGUGAGAUCACAUUACCUGACAGUCUGCCUCCUAAACUUCAAGAGCUGGAUCUGACGGGCAACCCACGUUUGAAUCUCGACCACAAAACCCUCGAGCAGCUCAAUAACAUCCGCUGUUUCCGAAUCGACCCGCCCCCCUCAUCUUUCUCAGCCAAUGAGGCCACAGGAGGGCCUGCUGUCUGGAGUCACGGCUACACCGAAGCAUCAGGUGUCAAGAACAAACUGUGUGUGGCGGCGCUGUCUGUGAACAGUUUCUGUGGCAACAGAGAAGCUCUGUACGGUGUGUUUGACGGCGACAGGAACGUGGAGGUGCCGUAUUUACUGCAGUGCACCAUGAAUGACAUACUAGCAGAGGAGCUACACAGAACCAAGAGUGAAGAAGACUACAUGACCAACACCUUCCUGGUCAUGCAGAGGAAGUUAGGCACAGCAGGGCAGAAACUGGGCGGCUCUGCAGUGCUCUGUCACAUCCGUCAUGACCCGACAGACCCGGCCGGCUGCUUCACCCUCACAGCAGCUAAUGUGGGAAAGUGUCAGGCGGUACUGUGUCGGGACGGCAAAGCACUUCCACUGUCGCUCCUGCACAACAUCAGUAUCAAAGAGGAAUACAAGCGCGUGCGGCAACAUAAAGCUAUUAUCACUGAGGACAACAAAGUGAACGGCAUAACAGAUUCCACUCGCAUCAUGGGCUACUCUUUCCUCUAUCCGGCAGUCCUGCCUCGCCCGUAUGUCAACACGCUCCCACUAACACCCAGAGAUGAGUUCUUUAUCCUGGGCAGCAGAGGUCUGUUUGAGGUUCUAGACCCCAGCGAGGCGGUCGAAGCUGUACGGAAAGUGCCUGAUGCGCUCGCAGCUGCCAAGAAGCUUUGCACAUUGGCACAAGCAUACGGCUGCACGGACAGCCUGAGCGCUGUGGUGGUGCAUCUCAGCGUCGCUGAAGAUUGCUGCUGCUAUUGCUGCUUGGCGUCCACUGAGACCGGAUCCAUAAGUCUCCAUCCGCAGCCCCCACCCAGCCCUGGUCCAGGCCUGUUCCCGCCCUCCUCCGCCGGCGUGCCUCCAUCCUCCUGCAGUGAGAUCAGUUCUGAGGUCAGCGCGUCCGAGAUGAGCUCUGAAGUGGGUUCCACCGCGUCCUCGGACGAGCCCCCGCUCCUGCUCCAGGAAGCUCACCUACACCUUCAUGCUCAAAGCCACCUGCCACAGCUGCAGCAGAACCCACGCCUGCCCUGCUGCACGCUCCACCUCACCCCCAAUGCCACCAGCUCCUUCCAGAGGCAACUCUCCAGUGCCACCUUCUCCAGCGCGCUCUCAGACAAUGGUCUGGAUAGCGAGGACGAGGAACCCAUUGCUGGUGUCUUCUCCAAUGGUAGUCGAGUGGAAGUAGAAGCUGACAUUCACUUUCUAGGCCACCUGUUACCACCUCCGCCAGCUCCACCUUGCACCCCUGAAGUUCCAGAAAAGAUUUCGGAGCCUGUGCUGGAGGCACUAGCAGAGAUUGACAAGGAAGGAUCCCAGAAGCAAGGUGACAAGAGCGGGAACACUGCAGCAACAGAUGCCUGGACCAAGACUUUGGGAAAGCGGAGAGGAAACGGUUCAGUGGUGCCACAGGAACAGAGCCACAACUUGAUCGAGGUGGCAGCCGAAGCUCCUUCGAAGAAACCGGGAGGUUAUUUCACAGCUCCUGCUCAACCCGACCCUGACGACCAGUUCAUCAUACCACCAGAGCUGGAGGAGGAGGUGAAGGAGAUCAUGAAACAACAUCAGCAGGACCAACAGAGACCAGCCAAGAGUGAGCGACCUGCGGACUACUACGACACACCGCUCUGAAACUGCACUCACCGUAGAGUACUGCGAUAUGACCACUUUAAAGGAAUAAUUCACACACACAUGAAAAUUCUGUCAUCAUAUAUUCACCCGUAUGCUGUUCGUUUUCCUGUGAAGCACAACGAUAGAAGUUCAAUGACAGUUCAUAUUGACCACAUCUAUCAAGCUCGAAAGAAGACACAAGACAUAAAAAGGACUGUACCUUAUAUCAUAAAUGGCUUAUGCACUAGUCUUCCAAAGUCAUAUGAUAGCUUUGUGUGAGGAACAGACCCAAGUUUAAGUUAUGUAAGGGAUAAUGUACUGUCAGCCGGUUGUUAUUGCAAAAUAAACCCUGACAUGAAAGGAAUUUGUGUGCAGAUUCAAAAAAUGGCACAAAACAGCAUUUGUUCUUGUGUGUGUGUGUGUAGUAACUGAACAUGAUGCGUUAUUUUUGAUUCUGGAAGUGAAUGUAGAGUAGGCACGAGCUUCGAUGGAGGGCAAGAUUUUCAGUGAAUAAGGACAUAUAUUUAGAUCUGUCCUUGACACAAAGAUUUUGUAUGGCUUCAGAAGUCUUGUAAUAUAAAGCAAGAGUCAUAUGGAUCUUUAUGAUACUUUUUUGAUGUUUUUAUGAUGCUAUUCAGAGCUUGACAGACGUGUUCACUGUGAAAUAUCAGUAAGAAAAAGAGCUGUGUAAAUUUUUUUCACCAAAAAAUCUUGUUCUAUGGGAAAAAUAACAGCAUUUAGGUCUGAAAUGACAUGACAGUUUUUGAGUGAACUUUUUGUUUGAGACAACACUCAGCACAGUAUUUCCUACUCGCAACUUCACUCCAGACAAACAUGCUCUGCAAGAGACCGAUAUGAAGCUAUGAAUCAUCUAACACGCUAACAUGUCAGACCUGCAACUGCUCUGAAAGGUCACCAGACUGGGUCAAACAUGCAACGAAUGAUGGCACUUCCUGCGAAGUCCACCAAUAAAAACUCAACUGAUCCCUUUAAGAGAACACACAAGAGUGACCUGCGCUCUACUGUGCCUCACUCAUUUAAUCUUUUCACUAGCGUUUUAAGAGCAGUUCACUACUGAUUACUGACCAUUUACCUUUUAUUUACCUUAAACCGAUACCUAUGUGAUUCAACACUAGUAUUGCAAUGUUAAGUCUUUACCAACGACAAACUAUGGAUCUUUUGAUUUUUGUUUUUAGUUACCACAUCUUUUAAUGCGAAAAAAAAAAACCUACAACAGACUUUAAAUUGAUUUUUUUUUAAAAGAAAAUUGCGUUAACGUAAUUGUGUUGUACGGUACACACUAGUAAAAUCAUGCUUAACUGUUGUAGAUAGGGCACUUAAAGUAAUACUGUAUCAUUUCAGUAAAUCAGGGCUUCAGGCCUGUAUAAAAACUAGAAAUUUAGUGGAAAUUUGAAAGACUAACUCCUAGGAGUUGCUUACUCUUUUAUGGUGACUUCGUCACUUUUUUUUUUACUAAUCUUCUCUGCGAGAAAUGUUGAUUUUUUUUCUCUCUCUCUCUUUCCAAUGAUUGUAAAUAAGAACAAUAUUGUAUACCAAUUCUUUUUAAGGGAACUAUGUGUCUAGAACAAGAUAACCCUUUAUGCAUAAAUGCCAAUAGAAGUAUAUGUAUCAGAAACAUAUACACACCAGAUGUAAAGGAACUGCGCAUUACGCACCAGUGCUGUCAUCACUAGCUGAUUAAUGAGCCACAUACACACAACUCAUCCACGUCACACCAGCGUGACUCUAUCAAGUCCUGUAAUGCAAACCAAUUUAUCUGCAAGCAAUUGUACCACCCUACCACACAAAAAGUUCCUGGUUUUGUUAUAAUAAAUCUUUAAAUUUAUGACUACAAAUAAGCUUAUCUUGUGGUGCUUUCUGAUUU